AUAGAGUAUAGCGGGAACCAGUCAACUAGGAAGCCUGAAUGUAAGACGUAUCGUACGUAAGCCAGUCAAAAUAUUGUAUUGCAUGGAUUCUAUCAUCAGGUACAGUUUUCACGUGAAUGACGAUUUCUCUCCACGAUGGCAGCUCAAGAUGAACUCGAACUGCUGGAGCGAGUGUUCCUUCGCAUUGGCUCAGCUGAAACGGACGAACAACUCCAAAAUGUUGUGUCGCGAUUUUUACCUCCGGUGCUUCUGAAACUAUGCAGUAACCAGGAAGGCGUGAGAAAAAAGGUUUUGGAGCUGUUGGUUCACAUCAAUAAGAGAUUGAAGAGUCGGCCCAAGGUGCAGAUCCCCGUCGAUGUUCUUCUGUUGCAGUAUCAAGACCCAGCCAAUGUCACUUUUGUCACGAACUUCACAGUGCUGUACCUCAAGAUGGGGUACCCCAGACUGCCGAUGGAGAAGCAAGCUGAGCUAGCGCCCUCACUCAUGCAGUGUCUAGAGGGCAAACCUGUACUGCAACAAGACAGCCUUCUACAGAUGCUGAUCCCCACACUGCCUCAUCUGAAGCUUCCUAAAGACCCCAUCAAGAGGAAAGUUGUCUUUGGUCUGAGUGAGAAGCCAGCCACGGUGCAACUCCUGCUGGGAUUCAUGCUGGACUACCUCCUCUUGCCAUACACAUUCAGCUCACCAAAGGCAGAGGAACGACCCACCUCAGCCUCCGGAGGGCAGCAGACGGGGGCUGGUUCCUCAUCCAGGCCUGCCACAGCACCUGCAGGAGCUUCAGCAGCUGCAGCAGCAGGAACGUGGGCAACACCACCGGGCCUGAGCGCCAACGCACUCAAACGUGUCAUCGGGGAAAACGUUCCUGAAGCUAGCACAAUUGAACAGUGUAAGGUAGGCAUUGUGAACUUUCUUGCUGCCGACGUACUGCCCAACGAAGAUGUGGUGUGUCAUCUUAUUGUCGCCUGCUCUGAUACGAGAUACAGUGUGGCCACUGCUGCAGACGUUGAACUGAAGAAGAUCCACAAUAUCGUUGACUGGAACAACACGGCUAUCGUCAACAAACUCUACAGCUUGUUCAAGGGGACCGUAGUGAUCAAAGGACAGCCUGCCAUCAAGCAAGAGGAUCGCCGUCUACCAGUCAGCACGCGAGUCCGUCUCAAGAUCUUCCCCUACAUCCUCAAGUCCAGAGAGGCUGCGGAUCGGUUUCCGGCUUGCAUUCAGGUCAUCUUCGACUGUCUGUACGGCAAUAACACCAACGCUAAGCUGAAGACGUUCGCCGUUCAGUUCGUUCAUCAUCUCUGCGCCACCUGCAGCACGGCUCGUAUUCAGCCCAUGGGUCCUAUCCUACUGUCUGGCAUGGGGAAACUCAUCACGGAGACCAAGGACAGUGCCCAGCUCCGAGGUCUAGCCUACGUCGCAGUCGGGAAAUUAUCAAAGCGCGUACCUCUACUGUUCAUCAAAGACAUGGCGUUAUUGCAACAGUUCUUUGAUGCUCUAUCUACGGAAGAUGCCAACAUCCGCCUCCACGUUCAGGAGGCCUUAGCUCUGAUGGCGUCCGCCUACAAGAACUUGGAAGGACCAAACCUACUCAUUAUGCAGAGUCUUAUCAUGAGCAACAUUGAGAAGUCGGAGCCCCAAGCUCGUCUUGCUGCUGUACAGUAUGCGAGAGUCGUGUUUCCAGGCAACCACAUCGCGUCCCGCUACGCCCUGCUGUUAGCUACGGGAGAUGCGAAGGAGGAUAUCCAGCAGGAGGCAGUGAAGGCAUUGAGGAUUCCUAGCGGGGAACCAGUGAAGGAUAGCUUAGAGCACAAUAGCGGACUGGCAGAUGAGGGAGCAGCUAACGACAAGGCCUUGGUGCCGUCAUUUCCUGAAAUGGUGUUGUACAUCAGCGAAAUGGCAUCUAAGCGAGUGAAGGGCCCGUCUCGAUAUCUCUCCGGUAACACAGCUCUGCCGUUUCGGCCAGAAAUUUUCAAUCAGGUCAUUUUCUAUCUUCGCGCCUGUUUGCUUCACGACGCUGGGAUACACAUCAACAAAGACGCGCCCUUUGACCUGGACUCCGAUGCGCCCAUCGCCAGUCGCCAUGUCAACCAGCUCCUCAACCAAUCAGGACUAAGCGCCCAGAGCCCCGUCUUGGUGUACAUAGCCCUGAUGCAGCAGCUGCUGAAUGCCGUCGGGUCACGUGACGUCAUGAGGUGUCUCCUAGAGAUUGUUGCCGUGGCGGCGGAGAGAAUGGCCAAACAGUUUGUGGACCGGCUAGCGUGGGUCAAGAAUUUUGUGAACGGUAACCAUGAGCACAUGAGGAACACUGCAGCUCAGUUAUACGGGGUUGUAUGCGAUGCGUGCAGCACGGGUAAACUAACGGAGAACAUCAAAGAGUUGACCAAGAUAGUGAAAGACCAGUCUCGUUCCUUUGAGGACCACCACGGCUCUCUCCUAGCCCUGGGUUACGUCAUCGGCCGAUACCUGUCAAGGGACAGACGUCAAGAUCCCAGCAUGAUUACAGACAGUGAACAGACAAGCAAGCAGGAUAAAGCAAUAACGCAACUCAACAAUGCAAUCGCGGAAGCUGUGAAGGUUCUUGCUUCUUCCCUUGACAAUCCAACCCCGCUAAUGAGCACUGCAGCCUGCAUUGCCAUCGGCGAGAUCGCCCGGUGCGGUGCACUCCCCUUGCCCAAUGGUGGUACGGCCCAGCAGGCUGAAGCAACCAAUGGCAUGGACGAUACCAAAGAGGGCAAGAAGGGGAAGCCAGCCAGCAAGGAUGGGGAACUCAGCAAGAGACUAUUGGUUGAAAAGUUUGUGGCCAAGUUACAAUCAUCAAAACAUGUCACAAAAGUAAAGGAGCAAGCAGCGGCAACUCUAGGUUAUCUCCCCAUAGGAGAGGCAGAUUUCCCAUUCACUCAAGACGUCUUGGAAGGACUCAUCAAGUCGGCCAGCACCAAGGAGGUGGAGCUACACUUCAGUGUCGGUCAGGCGCUGAGCCACGCUGCCCUCGGGCCAGCCUCACCGGCAGGCAGAGAUGUCUGGACACAAGACCAGAAUGCCAACGCGGCUGUGCAAUCGCCAGAGGGAGCAUCAGAGGAGAAACACAACUGGCUGGAGUGGUUGCUGAUCAGGAUCCUGAGGGAGGAAAUCACCAGUCAGAAUCCACACAAAAGACAGGCUGCGUGUAUCUGGCUGCUGUCCAUAGUCAAGCAAUGCGGCAGUCAGCAAGCGACACAGAGACACAUGAAGGACAUCCAACAGGCCUUUGUCAAUAUGCUGUCUGAGAGAGAAGAAAUAACCCAAGAAGUAGCCUCCAAAGGCUUGAGUCUGGUGUAUGAGCAGAGCACAGCGGAUAGAAAGAACGACUUGGUGUCCGUCUUAGUGGACGCACUCAUGACAGGAAAGAGAGCCAAGCAUGCUGUGACAGGCGAGACAAAAGUCUUUGCAGAAGGUUCAUUGGGGAGCAACCCUGGAGGCGGAGCCCUGUCUACUUACAAAGAGCUGUGCUCAUUGGCCAGUGACAUGAACCAACCGGAUCUCAUCUAUAAAUUUAUGAAUCUAGCCAAUCACAACGCCAUGUGGAACUCUCGCAAGGGUGCAGCGUUCGGCUUUAGCUCCAUAGCCGCCCAUGCAGGGGACCAGUUAUCUCCAUACCUGCCCAAGUUGGUACCCCGCCUGUACAGAUACCAGUAUGAUCCGAGCGGUCCUGUCCGUCAAGCUAUGACCAGCAUCUGGAGUGCGCUGGUCAAGGACAACAAGAACGUGGUCGAUACGUAUCUGAAGGAGAUUGCUGCUGAUCUGCUGCAUCAUCUGACUCAUCAUGCGUGGAGGAACCGAGAAUCUAGUUGUUUGGCCGUGAGUGAUUUACUUCGAGGGAGAAAUGUGGACAGCAUCGUGGAAUCUUUGCCAGAAUUAUGGGAGGCUUGUCUCAAAGUACUAGACGACAUCAAAGAGUCUGUCCGCAAGGCAGCUGAGGCAGCCUGUCGAUCGCUAAGCAAGGUGAGUAUUAAGAUGUGUGACCUGUCCUAUGGUAGGGUCGGGGAGCAGGCCCUAGCAUUGGUGUUGCCGUGUCUACUGGAGCAUGGUCUGCCGAGUAGAGUUGAAGAAGUCCGUGCAAUCAGCCUGUACACCUUACUCCAGAUCAGCAAGAAGGCCGGCAGCAGACUCAAACCCCACAUGGCGGUCUUGGUGACCGCCCAGCUGGAAUCACUGAGCGGUCUGGAACACCAGGCUAUGAACUACAUGAGUUUACACGUUGGACAGAACCAGGACAGUCAGGAAAAGCUGGAUAACGCCCGCAUCGCAAUGAGCAAAUCCUCGCCGAUGAUGGAAAUGAUCAACAUGUGUGCGCAAUAUGUUGACGCCGACGUCCUAGUGGAGCUGGUCUCCAGGAUCUGUGACCUGAUACGCAGCGGCAUCGGCAUGGGAACGAAGGCUGGAUGUUCUAGCUUCAUCAUUCUUCUGUGUCAUCAGUGUCCAUUGGAUCUGUCCCCAUAUGCCGGGAAGCUUUUGAGUGCGUUCCUCACCGGCCUGAACGAUAAGAGCCCCGCUGUCCGUAAAAGCAAUGCCACGGCUAUUGGCCACCUGAUUGCGAUUGCCAAAGACAGUAGCGUGCAGAAGCUGAUCACCAGACUGAAAACUUGGUACACCGAAAAAGACGAUGAGGCGCUGCAUACAGCCUGCGGUGUGACCUUACAAGCUAUGUCCAGACACUGCCCAGAUACAUUCAAGAAGCACAAUGCCCUGGCCAUGCCACUAGCGUUCCUGGCUAUGCAUGUCAAGAAGGAGAAAGUAAGCGGACGUAACGAGGACAAAGAUUGCGUGUGGGAGGAGGUGUGGCUAGACUCCACUCCAGGUACGGAGAGCGGAAUCAAGCUGUAUCUGUCAGAGAUUGUCACCUUAACCCAGGAAUCUCUAGGUUCUCAAUCCUGGCCGCGUAAAGCCCAAGCAGCCAGGGCCAUGAGCACCGUGGCUAAGAAGCUAGGCUCCAACUUACACCCGCCACACCUAGGGAGGCUACUCGGGGCGUUGGUCGGAGGGCUGGCUGGCAGGACAUGGGACGGAAAGGACGAGCUUCUCAGGGCAAUCUCAACAGUGUGUACGUCUUGCAGAACUGCCCUUCAGAACCCAAACAACGCUGGUCCCGAGCAGCCCACCAUGGAGACGAUUCUUACAGCUGUCUUCAAGGAAUGUAAGAAGGAACGCAUUGACUACAAGAUAGCAGCCUUAGAGUGCUUGUCUUCUGUCUUAGAGGCUCACGGCAUCGAUAGGUUUGAGGAACUCUCUCAGAUUCUCUUCCCGAUAGUCUCCAAGGACAAGAAGGAUGAUUCGGAUGAUUCUGAUGAGGAGUCAGUCCGUUCCAGACAAGACCAGAAACUCAAGCUACAGGAGUGUGCCUACGAGAGUCUGGGCAAAGCCUGGCCACGAGAGAGACAAACACAAGAUUUGUUCCACCAGGAUCUGUGUCGUUAUCUCUCCGAGGGCCUACAGGCAAGCACCUUCAAGAUGCAAGUCACCAUCCUCAAGGCUCUAGGUCUCUUCUUGGACAGGUUGAUGUUCCUUUCUCCAGGAAUCGACAAUAUUGAAAGCAAGUUUCUGUCUAGCAUUCUCAUCCGCAUUAUCCCCGAUCUCUGCCGAUGUCUAGGUAUUGUCAAGUAUGUUGCAAUCAGGAGACAAGCUCUAACUAUUCUGGAAAAUCUAGUUACUAAACUAAAAGAUAUCAACCAAAUAGCAUUGCUGAGUGCAGACAUGUUGUCCAACUUGGAAGAUGCCCUACUAGGCAUGACCUCGGACUCGGAGCCCAGCCUCAAAGACAGGAGUCGACAGCUGAGGAAGGAACUGGAGCAAUAUAUCCAGAGAGAACCGGCUGAUCAGGGUGAAGAGAGCCAAUCAUAACUGACUAGUGUGUGUGUGUGUGUGUGUCCCCAGGCAAGGUAGUUAACUACAAUGGCUUCUUUAUUUAUGAGAAACUGGUUCUGAGACGGAGUUGCAGCACCAUUUUUCUGACUGGAUUGUUAGGGAAUGACAGUCUUAAGCAUCCUGUAAAAUCGUGGCUCCUGGUGUGCUGACAUUUUCAAGAAAACUUGUAUUUUUCCAAAGCUGGUAGGCAGACCAGCGUUGGAGAAAACUGGC